AUGUGGCGAAGGAACGAGCCGAUUAUGCUAGUACCACCACUACCGGCCCAUCACUCACAUCCUCGCAGCCACAGAAUACCCCCUCCGACAUUACUCGAGUCAGUCGCGGCCCACGCAGACGCCGGUGGCAAGCGACUUAUACCAUUCCUCAAAGCCCCAUGGGAAGACUGCGCCAUAAGGGCAGAACUUGCUGGUCAGGUACGAAUACUAAACACCACAGCAGACAGUUCCAAGAAGAAGGAGGCCAAAUCCCACAAGAAAUGGUAUCGACAGAACAAGAUGAAUACACAAUUCCUCUUCAUCUACACUGAUGGUUCACAGCUAGAUACAGAAGAUGGUACCAAGACGGGUGCAGGCCUGGUCAUUUUGUACCAGGACUGCACAGUAGCAGAAUGCAAGUACCAUAUGGGUAUGCAGGCAGAGGUAUACGAUGCGGAGCUGAAGGCUCUCACGGAGGGGGCGGUAACAGCGAUCCCUAUCACGAUGUCGAGAGACACACCUGUUUGGACGAUCUUCUUCUGUGCUGACAACUCAUCAGCCAUAGUAACAGAAUUCCUCGAGGCAGACGAACGGAAUCAGGUCGUGAUACGGUGGACACCCGGACACCACAAGAUAGACAGGAACGAGAAGGCAGAUCAACUAGCGAAGGAUGCCGCAGAUAUGGAAACCGCAGGAGGGGAGCAGGCAACCUGGGCACACAUGAGAAGGGCAGCGAAGGAGAGUGCAAUAGAGGCAUGGAGGGACGCAUGGAGGAAUGACGAAGACAACCUAUGCAACGGAUGGUUCGGCCCUGCCAACCACCUCACACCAUCACUAUGA